AUCACCUCCAUCUCCACCACCGCCUCCAUUUCCACCAUUACCUCCAUCACCAGCAUUUCCACCAUUACCUUCAUCACCUCCACCACCACCGUUGCCUCCAUUUCCCUCAUCACCAGCAUCACCACCGUUGCGUCCAUUGCCACCAUCACCACCAACUUCUCCAUCACCAGCAUCACCACCACUGCCUCCAUCACCUCCAUAUUCACCGUCACCUCCAUUUCCACCAUCAUUUCCAUCACCUCCAUCACCACCAUUGCCUACAUUUCCAUCAUCACCAGCAUCAGCACGUUUGCCUCCGUUGCCACCAUCGCCACCAUUGCCUCCAUUUCCACCAUCACCUCCAUCUCCAACAUCACCACGUUUGCCUCCAUUACCAGCAUCUGCUCCAUCUCCAGCAUCACCACUUCUGCUUCCAUCACCUCCAUCACCACCAUUGCCACCAUUCUCACCAUCGUCAGCAUCACCACGUUUGCCUCUGUUGCCACCAUCACCUCCAUCUCCAACGUCACCACGUUUGCCUCCGUUUCCACCAUCACCACCAUCUCCUCCGUCUACAGCAUCACCACCACUGCCUCCAUCACCUCCAUCACCACCGUUGCCUCCAUUGCCACCAUCGCCACCAUCUCCUCCAUCACCAGCAUCACCCGCAAUGCCUCUAUCACCACGAUCACCCCCAUCUCCUCCAUAGCCAGCAUCACUACUACUGCCUCGAUCUCCACCAUUGCCACUAUUUCCACCAUUACCUCCAUCGUCAGUAUCACCACCAUUGCCUCCAUCACCACCAUCUCCAGUAUCAGCUCCACUGCCUCCUUCACCUCCACCAUCGCCUCCAUUCCCACCAUCACCACCAUCAUGACAUCACAACCACUGCCUCCAUCACCUCCAUUUCCACCAUCACCUCCACUUCCACCAUCACACCCAUCACAAGCAUCACCACCGUUGCCACCGUCACCACCAACACCACCAUCUCCUCCGUCACCAGCAUCACCACCAUUGCCUCCAUCACCACCCAUCACCACCGUUGCUUCCAUUGCCACCAUCACCAACAUGUCCUCCAUCACCAGUAUCACCACCGAUGCCUCCAUCACCAACAUUACCACCAUCUCCUCCAUUGCCAGCAUCUCCACCGCUGCCUCCAUCACCUCCAUCUCCACCAUCGCCUCCAUUUCCACCAUCACCUCCAUCGCCAGCAUCACCACCAUUUCCUCCAUCACUACCAACUCCUCCAUUGCCAACAUCACUACCACUGGCUCCGUCACCUCCAACUCCACCAUCGCCUCCAUUUCCACCAUCACCUCCAUCGCCAACAUCACCACCGUUCCCUCCAUUGCCACCAUCACCACCAACUCCUCCAUCACCAGCAUCACCACCACUGCCUCCAUCACCUCCGUCUCCACCAUCACCUCCAUUUCCUCCAUCACUUCCAUCACCUCCACCACCACCAUUGCCUCCAUUUUCACCAUCGCCAGCAUCACCACGUUUGCCUCUGUUGCCACCAUCACCACCAUCACCUCCAUCUCCAACAUCACCACGUUUGCCUCCGUUUCCACCAUCACCACCAUCUCCUCCAUCUACAGCAUCACCACCACUGCCUCCAUCACCUCCAUCACCACCGUUGCCUCCAUUGCCACCAUCGCCACCAUGUCCUCCAUCACCAGCAUCGCCAGCAAUGCCUCUAUCACCACGAUCACCCCCAUCUCCUCCACAGCCAGCAUAACUACUACUGCCUCCAUCACCUCCAUCCCCACCAUUGCCACUAUUUCCACCAAUACCUCCAUCGUCAGUAUCACCGCCAUUGCCUCCAUCACCACCAUCUCCAGUAUCAGCUCCACUGCCUCCUUCACCUCCACCAUCGCCUCCAUUCCCACCAUCACCACCAUUGUGAGCAUGCCCGCUAUUGCCUCCAUCACCACCAUCUCCUCCUUCUCCAGCAUCAUCACCUCCGUCAUCACCAUUGCCUCCAUCACCACCAUCUUCUCCAUCACCAGCACCAAUACCAUUUCCUCCAUUGCCACCAUUUCCUCUAUUGCCAGCAUCACCACCACUGCCUCCAUCACCUCCGUCUCCACCAUCACCUCCAUUUCCUCCAUCACUUCCAUCACCUCCAUCACCACCAUUGCCUCCAUUUUCACCAUCGCCAGCAUCACCACGUUUGCCUCCAUUGCCACCAGCACCACCAACUCCUCCAUCUCCAGCAUCACCACUACUGCUUCCAUCACCUCCAUCACAACCAUUUCCUCCAUUUCCACCAUCACCUCCAUCUCCAACAUCACCACGUUUGCCUCCGUUGCCACCAUCACCACCAUCUGCUCCAUCUCCAGCAUCACCACUGCUGCCUCCAUCACCUCCAUCUCCACCGUUGCCUCCAUUGCCAUCAUCGCCAGCAUCAGCACGUUUGCCUCCGUUGCCACCAUCGCCACCAUUGCCUCCAUUUCCACCAUCGCCUCCAUUUCCAACAUCACCACGUUUGCCUCCAUUGCCACCAUCACCGCGAUCUGCUCCAUCUCCAGCAUCACCACCACUGCCUCCAUCACCUCCAUCACCACUGUUGCCUCCAUUGCCACCAUCGCCACCAUCUCCUCCAUCACCAGCAUCACCAGCAAUGCGUUUAUCACCACGAUCACCCCCAUCUCUUCCAUAGCCAGCAUCACUACUACUGCCUCCAUCACCUCCAUCUCCACCAUUGCCACUAUUUCCACCAUUACCUCCAUCGUCAGUAUCACCACCAUUGCCUCCAUCACCACCAUCUCCAGUAUCAGCUCCACUGCCUCCUUCACCUCCACCAUCGCCUCCAUUCCCACCAUCACCACCAUCCUGAUCAUGCCCGCCAUUGCCUCCAUCACCACCAUCUCCUCCAUUGCCAGCAUCACCACCAUUGCCUCCAUCACCUCCAUUUCCACCAUCACCUCCACUUCCACCAGCACUUCCAUCACCAGCAUCACAACCGUUGCCACCAUCACCACCAACACCACCAUCUCCUCCGUCACCAGCAUCACCAACAUUGCCUCCAUCACCACCGUCACCACCAUCUUCUCCAUUGCCAGCAUCACUACCACUGCCUCCAUCAUCUCCAUC